GCAAACAGUGUGGACGUGGAAGCCUCCACAAUCACAAACACAGAACAUAAGUAGAGCUUGGGGCCGGCCACAACAUCGCGUCGAAUAGGCUCCGGCGGAGCGGCGGGCUGGGGUACUUCCCCUCAAGUGGCUUUCGCUUUCGUGACUGCGGCUGCUUUUGCUUUUGGUUUACAGUUUUUGGUGUUUUUUUUUUUUGGCUUUCGGUUUUCUCUGUUUCCCCUGGCUGGGCUGGGCUGUGCUUUGUUGACAAAGUUAUUGCCUCUGGGGGGGGGCUUAAUGACUUCGUAAUUGAUUUGCAUUCGAUGUGCCACAUUGAUUGGCAAUUGAAACCCCACCCCAAGCCCACACAGGACUGACUGUUAGUCAUCCAGGCCCCGUCCUCUCGACAAUCGACAAUCCCGUAUCCCCAUUCCCAUACCCAAUCCCACUCCCACUCCCAUUUGGUUCCGUUAUCAUUGUCACCGUUGCUAAUCAAAGGUCGGCCUGCUUGUCGCCAUCAUGUCGCUGUCUGUGUCGAGCCGUCGUCGGUUUCAGACAGCUGGAACGUCGAACGGAUCAUCCAGCACGGCCAGGACCGCCACCUCUGCGCGCUUUCCGCUACCUCCGCCCGUAGGUGUGCGCAAGCAGCACUCCUUCAUCGAGCCCGCCUCGAAGUUCACGGCCCAGCAGCGGGGCUACCUAUCGCGCGGCCUCUCCGUCGGCCGCUCCAUUGAGAACAUUCGCCAGAAGCUCUAUCCCGUGAGCCGCCAGCCAACGCUCGCCGUCGAUGAGCCGACGCCGAAGUUUGCCCCGCGCGUAACCUCCACCCAGAGCUCUCUGCGGCCGAGAGAGAGGAGUCUGGCGGCCUGGUCCUCCACGUCCUCGCUGCUGAAGCCAUCGCUGGACCACGAGCCGGAAAGGCUCCCUCCGACCGAUCACGCGGAUCCAAAGAACAGCGCCAAGGCGGACAAGAAUCGCAUCAAUCUCAACAUUGUGCUGGCCCAGACGAUUCGGGCCACCAACGAGCAGGAGCCCAUUCCCAGUGACAUCGACAGCGCCACGGAGAGCGGUGAGCAGCAGCCCCACAGGCCGCAACCAGCGGCAGCUCCCAAUACUCAAGCCCAUCCCUUGAGUGUGUCGCCAACUGCUCUGACCGUACAGCGACGUCCGCCCUUGGUGCGUGCUAUGUCCGCUCCGGUGCGGGGUCUGGACGAGAACAGCAAGAGCGUGAUUGCGGCCAGCAAGCGGAGCCAGCAGAAGCUGCGCCGCCGCAAGAUCUUCACGCGCACCGCCUCCUCGGUGGCUGGCGGGGCAUCGCCCACCGCGGGAGUCGAGGGCAGUUCCCUCCUGGGUGGCAGUGACGCCUCCAGCAAGAAGACCCUGGGCAGGACUCGCAGCGUUGUGGCCCCCGAUGUCAUCACUCUGGUGUCCCUGCUGAGCUCCGAGGGCAGCGAUUCGGAGCGGGAGGAGAACAACUCGGCGACCUCCACGCCAGGUGGCGGUGGCGACAAACAGCCGCCGGGAGCCACGCAGCGCAGUCCCCAGAGAAGGGCUCCGCUCUUGCGGAAGACGGGCAAAUCGGUCUCGUUUCAAGACAGCUAUCCGCCCACCUUCCAACUGGCGUCCAAGGAGUACUCGCACAUGAUCCGACGCGGCUCGAUAGCCCCUCUAGCUGCCCGUAUACGCGCCAAUCGACCGCCGACGGCGCCGCCUGUCUCCAUUUUUCUGAGCGAAGGGUCCGGCUCCAAGUCGGAUCAGCCGCAGAGGAAGCAGGCCAUGCAGGCCCAGGGUGGGCCGAUCGGUGGUGCCGAUGCCCCUUCCAGCAUGCUGUCGCCGGAGGAGGCCAAGAAGGAGAACAACAACAACGCGGCCAACUGCUCCGAGCAGCAGGACCACAACUAUCCGCCGUACGUGCGCAGCAUCAAGGAGCGCGAGUGCUGGAAGCUCUUCCAGAAGAUGUGCGCCAAGGGCGUGAGUGUCAGCUAUGACACGGUGCUGCGCGGCAUGCUGACGCCCACGGAGUUCCGUCACUUCCAGAAGCAGCGCGAGCAGGAGGAGGCCCGCGUCCAGCAGGAGGCAGAGGCCGCCGAGGCAGCGGCAGCGGCACUCGAGGUCAGCGAGAAGGAUUCGCGCAAGAUGCCAGCCGCCACGGCCAUCGAGCGCCUCUCCGAGUCCCUCCUGCAGAGCAAGUGAGAGUGGAGGAUUAGUCAGCCGUAGACUCCGGUCCAUGGAGCAUGGACCAUGACCAUUACUAUUGCAUUUGCCACCCCCCUAGUGGACGUAGAAGUAGCCGAACCUGCCGCACUUGUUAUACCGCCAUCGCACCCACACACACACACACGGCUGAGACACAUCAGCAGCGUCCAUUCCAUUCCAUUGCGUAGCUGUGUAGGCCAUGCAGCCCCCUCUGUUAGCUUAACUGUUUUGGUGUAGACGGCCCCCUAGGGGCUAGCAAAUCAAAUCCAAGCUUGUGUGGACGUUGUGCCUGGCCAAUUGCAAUCGAAUGUACGAGUAGUUCCCUCCAAAUAACAAAAACAAUAAAUAACUAAAGGA